AUGCCGAAAGAUGGGGCACCAGCGUCAGCUAAAUAUGGAUGCACUUUGACCUGUACGAAACAUGCCUCGGAAAUUGUGAAGUAUUUCUGUAAGCAGCAUAAUGCAGUUGGAUGCGGUGACUGUAUGAUUCUGGAUCAUAAAUCUUGUAAGAUCGAUUACAUUUCCGAUAUUUCGAAGGAUUUUAUAGAUGGCGAGGAAUACGAACAGCUCGUUACAACAGCUAAGCAACUUGAGAACAAUGCUAAAUCGCUGAAGAAAGAGAUUGAAGAAGAUGGUAAAGCAGUUUAUAGACUUUAUGCUAAAGCUGUAGGGGAUAUUCGAGAGUUUCGAAAACAAGUAGAUAAAUAUUUGGAAGAUAUGGAACAAAAACUAUUGGAUCAAUGUGAAACACAGAAAAGGAAAUCGAACACAAUGUUAAAAACUGUUGAAAACGAGUUACAACCGAUGAAACUCGAACUCGAAAACAUCCAUUCACAGCUUACCGCACAAACGGAGCAGUCCGGUGAUUUAUUUGUGCAAGCGAAACAAAUAAGUUCUCGCCUGAAGAAGAUAGCAGAGGAACUGAAAUUUCUGAACGAGGAAAAUGGGCCAAGUAUGUACACGUUUCAGAAAAACAACCAAAUCCUAGAAUAUCUUAAAACGAAACAAGGUUCUCUCGGUGAUCUUCGACCAAAACAAAUAAGAAAUCGCUUAAAACCAACUCUUAUUGGAAACGUCAGCGUAAAAUGUUCUACUGAUGGACGUUGUUGGAUCACAGGAUUGGUAGCUAUAGAUCCUGACACACUUGUGUGCACUGAUAAUAACAAUUACUCGGUUAAGCUGAUUGAUAUCAAAUCUGAUAAAAUUACUUCUGAGCUUAAACUUACAUCAGGACCUUGGGAUAUAACUUACGUUUCAUACGAUCAGCUAGCAGUUACUUUGACCAAUGAAAAGAAAAUAUGUCUCUUGUCCUUUAGAAGUGGCCUGUCAAAGACUCGCGACUUUGCUGUAGAUGGAAGAUGUGAUGGAAUAGAUUACAGCAAUGACAGGCUUGUUGUAUCUUAUGUCGAUCCUCCAAAAGUGGAGAUUCUGAGUCUAGAUGGGAAAGUUAUACAGAGGAUUGAUACUGACAGCAGCGGGAAGGCCUUAUUUCAGUGUCCGCGGUACGUAGCUGUAGACCGUGAUGGGAACUGUAUUUAUGUUUCUGAUGCAGGUGAUGAUUCAGUGACUAAGGUUACUACAUCAGGAAAUGUACUUGAUAUAUAUAAAGAUGUAAACCUGUCAUACCCUGAAGGAAUUGCCGUUUACAGCGAUGGGUCAGUGCUAGUUUGCAACCCCAGAAAUGACAAUUUACAUCUGUUGUCGUCAGGAAACAAGAAAAUAAAGACUGUACUGAACAUGGCAGAGAUUCCACAUGCAUUGUGUUUCAAUACAGAAUCAGAGACACUUUUUCUGAGUUUAAAAGAAACAAAAAACAAUACAAUUCUCAAGUACAAGCUCACUUAA